UUUUGCUUUUAAACGGGCAUCGUUGGUCAAGUCCGUCGGUUUUGUUUUCAACACCUCGUAGGUGAGGCACAACAAAUUUUAAUCAGUCGUGCUUAAGACGUCUUUAGCUGUGGUAGAAAGCAGAUUUUGGCAGCACGUUGUUAAGAGAGGACCUUAAAAUGCUAGCCUACCUAGUUGGUAUCAUGCUGGUUGGUAUUGCGUCUGCGCAAUCGCCGAGCAGAGGUAUAUUAGAAUCGCCAGUACCUGAGCUUUGUGCUCAGAGGACAAUCCACGAAAGAACACCAGACGGUAAGGGAUACUUCUUCAGUUGGAGGGAUGCCUCUACCAAAGGCGUAGAAGAUAACUGGCUGGCCGGAAGAAAUUACUGUAGGAAACGGUGCAUGGACCUCGUCUCUCUCGAGACCAGCGCCGAAAACGAAUGGGUUAAGAAGCGAAUCGUUGACGACCAGGUGAAGUAUAUCUGGACAUCGGGAAGAAAAUGUGAUUUCGCUGGUUGCGAACGCCCUGACCUUCAGCCCGUGAACAUCAACGGCUGGUUCUGGACCGCGGUCCUUCAAAAAUUGGCACCCACUACUCAAAGAGAUCAGAACGAUUGGUCCGAAAGCGGUGGUCUUGGACAACCUCAACCCGACAACCGGGAAGCACAACAAGGCGGCGCCGAAGAGAACUGCCUGGCCAUUUUAAAUCAAUUCUACAACGACGGGGUCCAUUGGCACGAUGUCGCCUGUCACCACGUGAAGCCAUGGGUAUGCGAGGAAAACGAAAACCUACUCAAAUACGUCCGCCACUUAAAUCCGACGUUGUCUGUCUAAUUUUUCUGGAUUAUUUUUAAUAGUACAAAUAAUAAUAAACAACUUA